UUAAGGGCUGAGCUCAAAGGCUGGGAGCCAUAAAUCUCGCUUUGGUCUUCGGAUUGAGUUUUUAUUGCAGCCCACUGAUGGCUUUGUAGGCGCGUUGUUUUGUCUUCUUACUAGAUCAUCUGCUGCGGCUUGAAAUACAGUAACUUCAUUAUGUUUGCAUGUUUUAUUAUGGAGCAUUAAUGGCAUUUGCUGGCAGAGGCAGGCUCUAGUCCGUCGUCUGGUGGCAGCUGGGUUGGUAGCAGCUUCCAGACAGUAAACAAGGUUCGUUCAAGAGGCUCAACAACAGAACACAAGAAGUCUCUGCUGUAAAGGUGUGCUUAAUGUGAAGAUCAUGGCUGGUUCUGGUGAAAGGAGCGGGACCCAGCAUCAGUUCAUCAGUGGCUCCAGUAACCAACGCGCCACUACAAACAUCAUUCGUCUUCGGGACAUUUACGAUCCAAAGCCUCAACCUCCCAAAGCCCCGGUCCAGAUCCGCCCUCCAGGUCCGAGGACUCCCUCGGUGAAGGAGCUCAACUUAAAGCACAGCUCGCCCGGCGCUCCUCCGACCAAGACGAUCAUGAGGAGACGAACUCAGUCUCUGCCUUCGUCUGCAGAGAGCAAAAAGGAGCUCAGGAGUCUGCAGGUACGCUUUGUGGACUCUUUGGGCCUCGAGUUGGAGGAUGUUAAGGUCUUCAAAGUUCAAGAGCACCCCCUGAUACCCCAGCAUGUUAUGUUCAGACUACUGAUGAGCUCUGAGCUGGCUUUUGGGAAGUCAUUGGAGCUGUCCCUGCCUUACUUCAAACCUUGCUUCCCUGAAGAUAUGAGAGCUGAACCAGACUUCCUGACGCGUCUCUGCAGUCUGAGCGUGAGUCUGGAGCAGGUCCUGUGUUCAGAGCAGGGCAUAACAGGCACCAUACACGUACUCAAUUUAGCUUAUGAGAAAGAAGUCACAGUGCACUACUCGUUCACCAACUGGAGAACACACACGGAAACAGCAGCCUCCUGGAUGUCAGGUGGAUACCGUGCCGCUCCACAAACAGAUCUCUUCAGAUUUCGUCUGCCCGUUCCUCCCUUCAUUCUGCAGCCAGGAGCCAUUUUAGAGUUUGCCAUCUGCUACCAUGUUAAAGGAUCUAAUUAUUGGGACAACAACAAUGGACGAAAUUACAAGCUGUCGUGCCACAGUUACAAGGUGACUGUGCCGAGGGAGUGUGAGGACAGCAUGCUGCAUUUUACCUGAGUGUCCACACGGAGGAGCUGCAACACCUGCACACAGAUACGGGUGACAAGCCAGCAAGAUGCUUUACAAUAACUAUUACUUAUGUUUCCCUUUACAAGCAGAGGUGGAAUGUAACUUAAUACAUUUACUCAAGUAUUCUACUUAGUACAAUGUUGAGGUACUUUUCCACUUUAUAUUGUAUUUUUACUACACUACAUUUCAGAGACAAAUAUUGUACCUCCACUACAGUAUCUGACAGGUCAAAAUAUAUGGUCAAAAAUUGUAUUAUUAAGUAACAUAACAAUGUAUAAAGUAGCUAAAAUGAACUCAACCAGCUACAGUAUUAAAAUGCAUCAGUGAUGAUCAGUCAGAUAAUAUAAUGUAUAAUGAUAUUACACUGACCUGCUGCAUAAUGAACUCUUUUACUUUGGAUAUUUUUAAAUAAUUUAGCUGAUAAUAUUGCACUUUUACUUAAGUGACAUUUUGAAUAAAGGAGCUUUACUUGUAGUUAAAGUUGCAGUGUGUAGAAAUCUAGCGGUGAAGUUGCAGAUUGCAACCAACUGAAACUUCUCCCGUGUACGAAAACACAGGUGAUUAAACACUAAAGAAAGCAUAUUUUUUAAUACGAUAUUACAUUUCUGCUAAUAGAUUUCCCUAAAUAUUACACACUGUUCCUUUAAGUAUUACAGUGCAGUAUUGUUACUUUACUAAAGUAAAGAAUCUGAAUACAUCCUCCACCUCGGAGUAGAAGUUGCUCUAUCCAGGAUAAAUAUAGAGAAAACCUAUAAAUAGUUAAAAGGUCAAAGAUUUGGGGAACACUGGAGGAGGACUGUAGUUUAAAGUAGUGAAUGCAGUUAGUGAGAACUACUAUCUUGGGUGACUUGAUAAUUUGACGACAGUGGUUUGUACUAAAUGUGUCAAUGAGAAGAGGAAGUUACAGAGAGUCAUAAAGGGAUAUUGUGAAAUCUGAGAUAUUGUAAUUCUAAAAGUCAUCAAAUGAGGCCUUUUUGUUAAUAAACGCAUCUGCAAGAAA